ACAGAACAGAGAAGAAGCAACGAAUCUCAUUACAACGAUGAUUACAACACAAACAUUUGUCUUUGUCCUCUUCCUCGUAUCUCUCCCUUUCUCCACAUUCGCUGCACCUCCGUCGUCGGACUCUACCUACGAAUCAUUCGUUCAGUGUUUCUCCGACAAGACGAAAUCUCCACAAGCCCAAAUCACUGACAAUGUCUUCUCUCGGACAAACCCUUCUUUCUCCUCCGUCCUUCGUGCUUACAUUCGAAAUGGGAGGUUCAACACUUCAUCUACUCCAAAACCCACUAUCAUCGUCACUCCUCGUUCCGAGAGCCACGUCAGCGCCGCCGUCACUUGCUCAAAAACACUAAAUUUCCUCCUCAAAAUCCGAAGUGGUGGCCAUGAUUACGAAGGUCUCUCUUACAUCUCCGAUAAACCCUUUUUUAUACUCGACAUGUCGAAUCUCCGUGAUGUCUCAGUCGAUAUCGCCGAUCAAUCGGCGUGGAUCUCUGCUGGAGCAACUCUCGGCGAGGUUUAUUACAGAAUUUGGGAAAAAAGUAAAGUCUAUGGAUUUCCCGCCGGUGUUUGUCCGACGGUUGGUGUUGGUGGACAUAUAAGCGGCGGUGGUUACGGUAAUAUGUUGAGGAAAUUCGGAUUAUCAGUUGAUAACUUGAUUGAUGCAAAGAUCGUCGAUGUAAAUGGUCAGAUUUUAGACCGGAAAGCAAUGGGUGAGGAUCUUUUUUGGGCGAUUUCCGGUGGAGGAGGAGCUAGCUUCGGCGUCGUUUUAGGAUACAAAGUCAAGCUCGUUCCUGUGCCAGAAACUGUAACGGUUUUUAGGGUGGAGAAGUAUAUGGAUUCAGGAGCGGUGGAUAUGGUUCACAAAUGGCAAUCAGUGGGUCCGAAAACCGACCGGAAUCUGUUUUUGAGAAUGUUGAUCCAACCAGCGACGAGGAAGAAGGUGAAGACGGUGAGAGCUACUGUGGUGGCUCUGUUUUUAGGCAGAGCAGACGAAGUUGUUGCGUUGCUUCGUAAGGAGUUUCCUGAAUUGAGUUUAAAGAAGGAGAAUUGCACGGAGAUGACUUGGUUACAGUCUGCUUUAUGGUGGGAUAAUCGUGUUAACCCUACUCAGAUUGAUCCUAAAGUGUUUCUUGAUCGGAAUCUUGAUAGAACGAAUUUCGGGAAGAGGAAAUCGGAUUACGUUGUGAGUGAGAUUCCUAGAGAUGGGAUUGAGUCUUUGUUCAAGAAGAUGAUCGAGUUGGGGAAAAUCGGGCUUGUUUUUAAUCCGUAUGGUGGGAAAAUGGCGGAGGUUACGGUUGAUGCGACCCCGUUUCCGCACCGAAACAAGCUUUUCAAGAUUCAGUACUCGGUGACCUGGCAAGAAAACUCUGUCGAGAUAGAGAAGGGCUUCUUGAAUCAGGCUAACGUUCUUUAUAGUUUCAUGACGGGGUUUGUGAGCAAGAACCCCAGAAAUGCUUACUUGAAUUACCGAGAUGUGGAUAUUGGUGUGAACGAUCAUGGUACGAAUAGUUAUGAGGAAGGAGAGGUGUAUGGAAGGAAGUAUUUUGGAGGUAAUUUUGAUCGAUUAGUAAAGGUUAAAACCGCUGUUGAUCCAGAUAAUUUCUUCAGGAAUGAACAGAGUAUACCUACCUUGCCUAGCAAGGCAUAGUGUUAAACAAAUUUAGCUUUUUUUUUUCUUAAUAAAUGAAAACAUUUGGUUUUGAUUAAACCAACAAUGUUGAUUUGGAAUAUUGUAUUCACGGAACUCCUACUAUAAUAAAGAUUCUUUUGUCAC